AUGAGGCCCCUAAAACACUUGAAGGGUCAAGGUAAGCUCAAUAAAAGACAUGGUAAGUGGGUUGAGUUUAUUGAACAAUUUCCUUAUGUGAUUAAAUACAAGCAUGGGAAAGAUGACAUGCCGAUGCAUUUGUCCCGGAGAUAUGUUCUAUUUACUGCUCUUAGUUCUAAGCUGCUAGGAUUUGAGUAUGUUAAGGACUUGUAUGUGUCUAAUUCUAAUUUUGGCAAUGUAUAUUUGGCAUGCAAACAUGUGGCAUGUGAGCAUGGAGCAUUUGAUAAGUUCUAUAGACAUGAUGGAUAUUUGAUUAAGGGCAGUAAACUUUGUGUGCCUAAAUGUUCUAUCCGUGAUUUGCUUGUACUUGAAUCUCAUUGUGGGGGAUUGAUGGGACACUUUGGGGCCAAAUCUAAGUCUAUGGCUCAUGGAUUAUACAUGCCUUUACUUGUUUCUAGUUCACCUUGGACUGAUAUAUCCAUGGACUUUGUACUUAGUUUACCUAGGACUAGGCGUGGUAAGGACAGUAUAUUUAUUGUUGUUGAUAGGUUUAGCAAGAUGGCUGAGAUGGCUCAUUUUAUUCCCCUGUCAUAA